AAGAGAAAGAAAUUGCGAUUUUCAGCCAAUAGCGAAUUUCGCCCAGACCAUUUCGAAUUACGAUUGGGUCACGGAGUGUGGAAAAUCUUGAUGAUUGGUAUGAGGAGUUUUCAAGUGUGACCAUCAUCAUCUAUCAUCGUUGAUGUUGUUGCAACGCUACGGAGUACUACUACCAAUCACUUCCAUGUUCAUAAGUGGUAGCACUACUACCCUUAGUAGUCAGACAAAAGAAUCACGAUUCCCCCCCGCCUCCUUGGAAAUAUCUCCAGAUACAAUCUACGCGGAAAGGGAUACCGUGGCACGCCUCCUUGAAACCGAUUCAGUGCCAUGGAUUCCAUCUAUCUUUACCUUGAAGGAACCUGACACACAAAGAAACAGUUUUGUUGGGUAUACGGUCCGAGGCGCGGGUUAUCCAUGUUUCAUCUAGACUUUACUUACUUCACAGUACUAGGCUUAUAAUACGAUACGCAGACAAAGAGAGAGAAAAGAGAAAGCAGACAAUCCAAAACCAUCAAUCUCAAAUGAAGAGAAAAUAAAAUGAAACGGAUUAGGAUAAAUAUUAAAAAGAGAAGGGGGUUUGGCUUGAGCUAGACUAGACUGAAA